UCCCCAGCAGAGAUGCAGUAUCAGAGAGUUUUUUCUGUUGUUUACUUUUGGAGCAGACGGUUCUCGUUCUUCUGGUUCCCUGCAGAGCAGCCAGAGCCAGCUCAGAUGCUGGAGUAGUUUCUCCAGGAAGUCAUGGUAAUGCACAGCCUAUUUUUGUUCACUUUUGGACUAAUUUCUACUGGAAACCCUUUUUGGAUAAAAGGUGUAUCCUCUGAACACACAUCCAGACUUUCUACAUUAGAAAUAAUUAUUCCUCGAAGUCUGACAGGCAGAGAGAAACAUCCUCCAUUUUCUCAUGAGGAACAUUCAGAUGACAAUCUUUCUUACUCAGUUAAAACCAGAAAUGGAACAUACCUCCUAAAGCUGAAGAAAAAUAAAAAACUUCUUAGUGAUGACUUUAAGCUGUACACAUAUGGGGAAAAUGGGAAACUGCAGGCAACACCAUCCAAAAAUGAGACACACUGUUAUUAUCAUGGCACUGUUGAAGGAAUUGCUGACUCCACGCUUGCUCUUAGCACAUGUGAUGGCCUUAGGGGAAUUCUCUACAUUGGAGGCAAGUGGUACGGAAUGGAGCCCCUCAACACAUCCAGCACAUCUGAACAUGUGCUUUAUGAACUGGAAGAUGUGCAGGGUAUCCCCUUCCACUGUGGGGUGCUGAAUGGCAGCCUGGAGCAGGAGGUGUUUGUGAAGCAGUCUGUGAAACACACAUUUUCAUCAAACAGUACCUCCAGCAGGGACAGGCUCCUCAGGGAGAAGCGAGCUGUGCUGCCCCAGAAGAGCUAUGUAGAAUUAUUUGUGGUUGUGGAUCACAACAGGUUUUUGCUGAAGAAUUCUGACCCUGCUGCAGUGCAAAAGGAAAUAGUGGAGCUGAUUAAUUAUGUUGAUGGGAUGUAUACAGCAUUAAACAUUCAGAUUGUUUUGGUUGGAUUAGAGGUUUGGACAGAUGCCAACCACAUACCAGUGAUGAAUGGUUCAGCUGGAGAUGUGCUGAGCAGAUUUGUUUCUUGGAGACAGAAAGAUCUUCUGAAGCGCUCAAGAAAUGAUGUUGGUCACCUCAUAAUAGGCAGAAGCUCUUUCAGUGGAUCCAUUGGAAUGGCUUUUGUGGGUACUGUGUGCUCACAUGUCCAGGGAGGGUCAAUCAGCACUCUGAAUCAUGACAAAAUGUUACGUCAUGCCACAGUAGUUGCACAUGAACUGGGGCACAAUCUGGGAAUGAAACAUGAUGAUAAGAGGUGUCCUGCAUCCUAUAUCAUGCACAGCACAGAUAAUGGAUCCAGGAAUUUCAGCACCUGUAGUGCUGAUGAUUUUGAGGCCUUUAUUCUUAAUGGAGGAGGAAACUGCCUUAGAAAUCCUCCCAAAACAAGUAAUAUAUACAAAGAACCUGUCUGUGGUAACAAUGUGGUGGAUAAUAAUGAAGAAUGUGACUGUGGCAAACCAAAGGAAUGCUCCAACCCCUGCUGUGAUGCUGCCACCUGCAAACUCACACCUGGCUCACAAUGUGCUCAAGGACUGUGCUGCAAAAACUGCAAGUUUAAAGUGGCAGGAGCAGAGUGCAGAGCAAGACAAGAUGUCUGUGACCUCCCUGAGUACUGCAAUGGAAGCACUGCCUACUGCCCAGAUGAUGUUUACAUCAUGAAUGGUCACCCAUGCAGCAACAGCAAGGCUUAUUGCUACUAUGGAGUGUGCCAGAGCUUUGAUUCACAGUGUGAAUCUAUCUAUGGCAAAGGGGCACGAAAAGCACCUGAUAUAUGCUUUGAAAAAGCAAAUAUUAAAGGAGAUAGGUUUGGAAACUGUGGAAUGAAAGGUGGAAUGUACAAGAAAUGCCCUGUCCAGCACAGUCUGUGUGGGAAGCUCCAGUGCACAUCUGUCAGUCUUCAAAACCUCCCAGCCUGGAGCGUUGUCAAUAAUGCAUCUGGGGUUUUAUGCUGGUCCUCUGACUUUGACUUAGGGUCAGAUAUCCCUGACCCUGCUCAAGUUCAUGAUGGGACAGCCUGUGGAGAGAACAAGGCCUGUUUAGGUUUUGAAUGUCUUGAUGCAAGAUAUCUGGGCUACAGCUGUGAUGUAAAGCAGAAGUGUAAUAAUAAUGGGGUGUGUAACAACAAUGGGAAUUGCCACUGCAAUCCAGGAUGGGCCCCUCCAUUCUGUAACCAGUCUGGCUAUGGUGGCAGUGUUGACAGUGGUCCAGCUCACAAAGAUACAUCACUUCGGGAUGGGCUGCUGAUUUUCUUCUUCCUUGUGCUGCCUGUAGCCAUCCUCACUGCAGUAGCAGUACUUAAACGUGAUGCAAUAAGGAGAAAACUUUGCAGGAAAAGCAGAGGACAGCACAGGGAUAACAAUGGGCAGGAACCAAAGCAAGGCAACAGAGCACAUCAUGAAACAGGAAAUAAUCAGCCUGCUGCAGCAAGUCACAAUAUUUUUACCAUAUUGCAUUUUCCUGGUACAAGGCAGCCAGUCCAAACCCAGCAUCCUGCAGCUUCCUCACGACCUCAGCGACCCCCAGUCCCACCCAGACCAGUUGUCUGAAUUGCUUCUUGGGAACCCUCAACCAAUUCUGACAAGUAACUGGCCUGAAAAACAAAUUAAAGGAUUUCAAUGCUCCAGUGCUCUCCUUGUGCAGCCAAAAUGCCUCUGGAAUCCCUCCUGGAAGGACUGGGUGCCAAGAGGCUGAACACAGAUGUGGUGAUACCCCAAUGUUUGCUCCUUGCUGCUGGCUGUGUUUGUGCCUCCUCUACCUCACCUCCUGGUUUUAUAAAUCAGAACAUGAAGUUCAACUUGCACAGGAUUGAACCUGUGAGACUGUCAGAGAACAGGACUUGUCCACGCUGCUGCCUCCCUCCCAGGCCACAGAGAAUUAAUUGAGUCAUUCACAGACAUAAUUCAAAGAUGGGAGAUCUGCACUUUUCCUCCUGGGCUGCCCUCUCCUCAGGAUGAACUCUGGGGGCCUGCAGAGCCAGGUUUGGGGACAGUCCCUCUCACAGCCCACCAGCAGUGUCAGCUUCCAUUUCAGGUAGUUUAUAAAGUAACCUCACUUGGGGACACCAGAAACUCUGCAGGUCAUGUCCCCAGUCUGAAAGAACUCAUCCACCACUGCUGUUACAGAAAAUAUGGGAUAUUGGAAAUACCUCUACAGCUCCACAGGGGUUCAGUGUUUACUGGGUUUUGCAGCUUGGCAUUUUUUUUCUAGAAGUUGAUUUCACUACAAAAGCAACAGAUUAAUUUUGUCAUUGUAAAUGGAACAGUUAGAAACCAGCACUGAUUUAAAAGAGGAUGAUUGGAGUGACAUAGUUUGUCCAAAUAGGCCUCCAUUAAGUAUCUCCAUGUAGAAGAUGGAUCCAGAAAAUGCAAAUUUGGGAGUACAAACUGGGAAAAACAAUUAAUAAAUUAUAGGAUCACCUCAAUGAGAAAAUAUUUCCAACCCCUCACAUGGCCACAUCACUGAGAGCUGGACAAAAGAACCCAAAAGAGAUUGCUGGCAAAAAGUUUGUGUCCUCUUCCUUGAUCCCCCAGAAUCUUAAAUUGUUAUCCCUAUCCUUUAGACCUCAGGUAUAAUAUAACAUUGAUUUUAUUUUAUUUAUUACAUUACAAUUUAAAAUAAAUCCUCAGGAGCAGCACACUUGGUUGUAUCUUUGUUUUGUGAUCUCCAUAAAAGGUGCCUCUGGUGCUCUGGGGGUCACUAAAGAGAAUUCCUGAGCUCGUUGUGAUACUUGAUAAUUAAUAAAUGUGAUAAUGUGAUAACUGAUAAAUGAUUCGUGUUAAUUACAGAAGUUUUUUUUAUACAAACCAGAAUACUUAAAAUAAGAAAAGAACAUGGACCUAGAUAAAGGGAAAUAUAUGAUUGAACCCACUCUGUUUAAAUCCCCGUUAUGAAUAGUGUGUAUACCAGUUUGUAAAAGAAAAAAGGGGUUUUCCAUAGUCUGAAAGGUUUUUUUGGCAGAAUCAGAUUUCCUGCCUUUGUGUAAUCAAUCACAAACUAUCUGCUGAAUAUCAGAAUUCCCAUUUCUUCUGUUUUUUAUCUACCAAGACCAGAUGGUUACAUGCCCAAUUGUCCCAAGAGCUGUCCCAGGGGAGUUUGGAAGUUCCUUUGAAUACCACUGCUUACCUUGCAGAAUUACUACAACAAAACAAUAACAAUUAUUGAUGACUACAAGGAAAACCAGACUAUAAAAAGGGAGCUGCAAACCAAGUUCGGUGGAAGCGUGGAGUGGGCAGUGACCCCUCACGUUUUCCCCAGCGCUCUGCUUGCUCUGUCUGUAUAAAAUAAAGCAAUCUAAAUUUUCCUGAA